AUGAUGCUCAGAAAAGGACAAAAUACAUCAAACGGGUCAGACAAAGAAGCCCGAUUUUGCAACCGGAUAGGAUGUAAUGGAAGAGUCAAAUAUGCCGGUCUGAACCCGAGAAUCGGAAGCUCGGAAAAAGCCAAAUUGUCUACAAAACCAUCCUUUCCCUCUUCAAGUGGGGAUGGGAUGGGAGUAUCUAAGUCAAAAAGUUUGCUUCUUGAUUCAAAGAGGAAAACAUUUUCCCGAUCGGAAGUCAACCCCUCGGGAAGUAGUGGUCAAUCCGGUGAGUCGGAACAUUCUUCCUCGAGUAAGAAUGUAUCAAGGCAUCAUUGUUUCGCAUCAAAAAACGAGAGUUCCGGUGAGAUUAGACCUCGAAAAGUGUUUCAUCAUAAAAACGAGCCAAACAACCAACACACUACUCGGUUGGCAAUUUCUGUUCCUUUUAAUUCCAAAAGCUCCGGCAUAAGGACACUUUAUAAUAGCAACAAAAGUAGUAAUAUUACUAGUAAUAAUGAUGAUAAUAGUAGUAGUAGUAUUAAUGGUAGCAGUAGCAAAAAGGUGAUGAAGAAUAAAAAUAUCGAUGCCGAGAGCAGUUUUUCUCGUCGAGGAAGGGAAAAUGGACGUUUAUACCCCUCGGCCGGUGGUAUCUCCAUCUCCGGCUCUGGAAGUAGCAAUUCUGCCUCUGGUGAUAGCCAAAGCGCCACAAGAAGGGCAGUCAAUGUGAACAGUGGCCGGCCCAGACUUUCUUCUUCUUCUUCUUACCAGCAAAACGGAAGGAAUCAUAAUACAUCUCUUAGUAUCGGUGGGCCCCGGUUUUACGGCACUCGUCCUUCCACUGGUUCGAGUUCUUAUAGUUUUUCUGGUGUUAAUUCUGGGAAUCAAUCCUUUACCAUGGGUGAUCUUGAUUUUACUCAUUUAAUGAACCAUACACAGUAUAGCAUGGAUGGAAUAGCUGAGGUGUUGUUAGCCAUCGAUAGGAUCGAGCACGAUGAGGAGCUUACGCAUGAGCAAUUUUUUUCCCUGGAGACCAGUUUAUUUCUCAGUGGACUGAACCUGUAUGAUCGGCAUCGAGACAUGAGGCUGGAUAUUGACAACAUGUCAUAUGAGGAAUUAUUAGCUCUAGGCGAAAGAAUGGGUACUGUGAGCACUGCACUCUCGGACGAGGCACUUUCAGAGUGCAUUAAGACGAGCACAUACAACGCGGGCCCACAUGGAGUAAGACUCAUAGAGUCGGUCAAAGAUGAAGAUGACCUCAAAUGCAGUAUUUGUCAGGAGGAGUAUGCAGUCGGGGAUGAAAUUGGGAAGCUGGUCGUGUGCCUGCACGAUUACCACCUGACGUGCAUUAAUCAGUGGUUGCGGCUCAAGAAUUGGUGCCCGGUUUGCAAAGCUCCUGCUGCAAAGAAAGAAUGA